CGACGAUUGCGUGAGGGUACAUUCAAGAAGCCAAAACGGAUUCGCGUUCCCAAAUGUUUUGCAGCCACUCUCGGUCAAGGGAAUGUGACAAAUAAAAUCGUGAAUAGUUCUGAACGCAGCUCGCAGUAGAUGAAGGAGUUGCCCUCUCUGAACAGCAUCAAAUUUAUGAUCAUCAGAGACUAGAAAGAUUUUAAAGCUAGGCGUACAAGUUGCUCUGCGUAGCGUUAAUUCAAAGCGAGAUGCAGCCGUUCUGAAUUGUUAGGAGUAACUUCAGUGUGUGUGUGGAAAUUGCUCUGAGUUGUAAAUUAUCCACGAAUGGACCUGGCGACUGUCGGCUGAGACAUCGUUUACAAUCCGCGGUGAGACUGAGACGGGACCGCCAGGAUGGUGGAGAGGUCGGACCGAGCCCCUCUGCUGGACUGGGAGGAGGUUCCGUCUGCGGAGAAGCCUGGCGGGACUUCUCCGACCAAGGACCGACUGUCGAGCCCCUCCAACAGCCGUGCCUUAGGAUGCUCCGCGCCCGGGUUUGGGUGGAGCAGCGAACCGGGGGGUCCCAUUGCCAGCAGGUCUGUCUCCAACGCAGACGGCUGCAGCGCCCCGCCCGCGACCUCGGGCGCUCCGGCGGGCACAGACGAAGGGCUGUGCACCGACAAGGAAGAGCAUCUCUCGGAUACAGGACCGAGGAAGGUGUCGCUAGAAGACAGGAUGGUGAAAUGGGAGGAAAAGGACCAGAUUGUGUCGGUGUUUGUGGUCACAUUCAAUACGAGAUCAGGGAACAUGCUGGAGUGGUGUCUGCCCAAAGACAUGGACCUGGAGGGAGUGGAGUUCAAAGCCAUAGCCAGCGGCUCCCACCGAGUCAGCACAGACAUCAUCUACUUCCGUAAGGGCUGCUACUUUGGCCUCGCCUGCUUUGCCAACAUGGCAGUGGAGAGCACGGUGGAGAGGGGGGCGAGGAUGAAGUCGGUUGGGAUCCUGUCUCCCUCCUACACCCUGCUCUACCGCUACAUGAGCUUCCUGGAGCACCAGGUCAGGCUCCAGCUUCAGUCUCCCGGCCACUACUCCCCCCUUGAGGCCUUCUAUGAGGACAAGAGAGCACUUCUGCCCCCUAGUGGAGAUGGUGUUGUUACUGUGUUACCAGCCAAUGUUUGGAGUGCAGCAAUCAACCACAGCAUGCACCCUGAGAUGAAGAUCACCCACCCGGCUGGCUGUAUGUCCCAGUUCAUCCGCUUCUUUGGGGAGCAGAUCAUGGUGCUGUGGAAACUGGCUCUCCUCCGCAGACGCAUUCUCAUCUUCUCUCCUCCACCUGUGGGUGUGGUCUGCUACAGAGUGUACUGCUGCUGUUGCCUGGCAAACAUCUCUAUCCCCGGGGUUGGUGUGGCUGUGCCUGAGUUCCGGCCCUUUUUCUAUGUUAAUGUCGCUGAUAUCAGCGCCCUGGAGAACGAGCUCUCCUACGUCGCGUGCACCACUGAGAAGAUCUUUGAGGAGAAGAAGGAUCUGUAUGACGUGUACGUAGAUAACCAGAAUGUAAAGACCUACAGGGACGGGCUGAAGCCUCUGCUCCGCCUCAGCACUGCUGACAGAGAAAAGUAUCGCAAGCUCACCGAGCAGAGACAGAUGUUGCUGUAUUCCCAGGAGGAGAAUGGCGACUGUGUGUCCAGUGAAGAGGAUCUCUUUAUUCUGUUUUUCUUGGAGCAGAACAACAGGAUUUUCCAGACCCUGAGCGAGGUGGCAGGGAGCCCUGACCCCACUGUAACCCAGGAGAGCGUGAGGGCCAUGGGCUUGGAUCCACAUGGAGACAGGCUCUUCCUGCUCCACCUGCUGGAGAUCUACGGCUACGACACCCUGCUGGUGUCAGAGCAGCUCUGCUGCAGCUGAGAGUCGCCGGGCGGCUGGCUUUUCUGCCUGUCAUCACCGCUGGUUUUAAAAGGUGGGCUGACUUGCCUUGAGCCAUCUGUGAGUGCUGCACUUCAUGGAGUCUUCAGGACAGUUUGAGUCUCCAGAAAAUUCUCUGGAGUAUUUUUUUGGUUUUCUUUUCUCUCUCCAUGCACUUCUUUUGUUUGCUGUAGUCGUGCUCCCUCAUAACCUGAUGGCAGGAUCAACAAUAAGUCAACUGCUGUGGUACAAUGAAGGUAAUGCGGUCAGUUGGAUUUCUCAAACUUGGCAGACAAAAGUGAUGCUUUGGUUCGGAUCGGUACCCAGGAUCAAUGAUAUCAGUGAUAAACUGUAACAAACAGAACCGGAGUGGAAGAUGGAGUCAGAGAGAUGGAAACUUUGGUUAAAACGUGCGCUGAAAAUUUAAUGUAUCUAAGUGAAAGAGGUCGACUUGUAAAUAAUUCCUUUAUGUACUGUGUGUCAGCAUAUGUGUGACUCGAGGGCUGACUUUGCUCUCCUUGUAUCAAGUGCUGGAUUUAAAUGUCCAAUUAAGAAGCCUCUAUGUCGAUAUCAGGGCCUCCAUUUUUUUGUAUCUUCACUAACAGGUCAAACUGCCUUCUUCUCCAAGUCUGUAAGCAUCACUGUUUAAGUGCUUAAGUGGCAUUUAAAGCAGCUAAUGACGGAUGUUGCUGAGUAAUUCCAUUUAUAUCCACCAGGCAAAGCUGAGACUACAGAUCGUUUGUCUCCAUGCACACAGAGGAAUGUUGGCUUGUUUGCUCCCAAAGUACUGGAUAGUCUGUUUUUCAUUUAAAUUUAUCUCCAAUGUCAAGAGAAAGUAAAGAAGGGAAUGAACUCACAAUAGAUUUUAAGCUCCAGCAAAUCAGGCAGUGACGGUGUUGACAACUGUCCAGUUAAGUGUUCUGAAUCCAUUUCCUGCUUUAACUUUUUAAAGUGGACCUAUUACCUCCCGUUUCUGUCAUACUGCUGGACAAAGGAUGCUGAAUAUGGAGCUGGCAGGCAGGAGGAAAAGAGGAAGACCACAGGGAAGAUUCAUGCAGAGGGUUGGUAUGACAGGAUGCUAGGGGAUCGGGUGGAUGGAGGCGGGUGAUCUGCUGUGGCGACUCCUAAAGGGAGCAGCCCAAAGAAGAAGAUACUGUGAAAUAUUGGGGUCAGUGUAUGUGCAAAAAAAAAAUCUCUUUAUACAAAAGCUCAGGUUUUAGACUGCUCUACGCUCUUGGCUCUGUAUGAUGUCAGUAAGAGAGGAUGUUCCUAAUAUGGUAGCAGAAGCCCCACCUGCCUGCUGUUCUUUUCUGUUUGCAAACGAGCAGCCAAUCAGGAGAAAUGUGGCUCAAAGGGAGGGGAAUGUGAGCUAAAACAGCUUGUUUCAGACUGAAGGGUCACACCAAGGCCCUUUAUGAGACCUUUUUAGCUAAAUCAUGCAAAGCUGCUCUUUUAGUCUUAGAAUCAAACCAUUUAGCUGAAAAUGAGAAUAAUAGGUUCACUUUAAGUAUUUAAAUGACUAAUGCAUUAGCAUUUUCUUUUUAUAAUUUCACAGUUGUGCUGUGUUGACUGUGCGUUCAUCUUCACAAACUCACCGUUAACAGAGUAAAUGAGUUGCUUUUUUAAGCACAUAGCCAUUUGAGCCUUUACACCAGCUAGCUGCCAGCUUUAUAGAUCUACUGUUGAGUGUGCCGUACAGUGGCUUCAUCACUUUAUGCUCAGCUGUUGAUUCUGGAUAAAUGGUUGAUUAAUUGUGAGGUCCUACAUACAUACAUGCAUAGCCAACGUAUAAAAGAGAGAGAAUUACCACCGGAGCUCUUAAGAGGAAAACCUUCUCAUGUUCUCAAGUGUUCAUACGAACUGAAAAACUACCAACGCAGCUUUAAAUCGAAUUUCCUUCUUGUGGGAUAUUUUCAAGUUUAGCCUGCAAAUCUCUGUUCAUCAGGUAUAAUUAGCAUCAAACACUCCAGCAAGGAUGUGAGGAAAUGUCUUUGCCACCAUCACCUGACUCCUUUAUGAACAUUUUUAUUAAGCAUCUCAGUGACUGAAACAUACCACACAGUGAGUUAACCUGGUGCUUCUGUUUGCCAAGUGCUGCAGACAUGACAGGAUGUAAACUAAUAAUUCACUUAAAAACAAAAAAAAAAGUGAUUAUUCCUUUUUUCAUUUCUUUUUGUGUUUAUGUUGCUUAGCUGUAAAGUGUCUAGUGUAAAGAUCCACUUACUGUAAUAUAAUGUGAAGAAAUGGGAUCAGCUGAAUGUGUUUUAUAAGGCGAUUAUGAUCCUGCUGAGCCUCUGUGUACUGUGUGUGCUACUGUCUGCUGUAAGAAAAUAACCUUGAGCACAUUUUCUCUCCACAUCACUUGGCACCUUAACACGUGUACAGAGCUGAAGCAAAUGUCCUUGUAGUUGAAGAGAUAGUCUGACUCUCAUUAAAACACCUUCACUUUAUUUAUUUUACUGUAAACCAUUUCUGAAAUAAAGAGCACCACCACCUUUAAG